AUGAUCUAUCAGAUCCUCCUCAUCGCCAAUCUGAUAGAAUGUAUUGCCUCCGGUGCAAUACCCAGCACAACAAAGAAACGAUUUCCGGACGCAAUCAUUGUUGGCGUGAAGAAGUCGGGAACACGAGCUCUUCUCGAGUUCCUCCGCGUCAAUCCGCUCAUCAAAGCGCCGGGACCGGAAGUUCACUUUUUCGACAAGAACUUCAACAAAGGACUCGAGUGGUACAGGUCAGUCUCUAAUCUUAUUCGUUUGAUUGUUUUGAUUGGGAUUAAUUACGUGGCACACCUUUCAAGUAUGUACUCUUGAUACCCUCUCCAGCUGAUUGCGCCAUUCUCCUUCAUUCCACCUUCCGUGUUAGGUAACGUAUGUCCACAAAUAUAAAUCCCGAAGAAUCUUGAAACGGGCAGCAGCUGUCGUGGCUGCUGAGAAACGCGAAUCGGCGUAUAGAAAACGCGAAACUGAAUUAAGGGUCUUAUUCCCGUGCGAGAAAAUCCGCUUUGUGUCAGCUAGCACCUUGUAUUGUUCUGUCACUUUCUCUUUCCCAAGCUGAGCUCAUCGAGUGCUUCAAUUAGGAAUUCAUCAAGACGCAUUCGAUCGAAACAGGCGAUAAUUCAGUUGAACCAUCAAAUUUCCACCACCUGCGAGCGUCGAAACGACCGAACAUAUAUAUGCAAAAAAAAACAGUCAUUAGGAAACGAAAACACAGACCUUAUGGCGCCAUAAUAGUGUGAAUGACAACUGACAGUUGGGGGCACCAUAAUUAGGCAGUUUUACUCUGAUCCUCAUUGGAACUUCAAGGUUCGCAAGUGAAUGAAUCAUACUGUAUUUACUGUGUUAUUCAUCAAUCACCGAACCUUGGCAGUCCAUAAACAAGCUCAUCAGACACGCACAAACAUCGGACACAGGUGCUCUAUGAGCUGUUCUUAGCGGGAGUCAGGUCUUUUCCAUGAGGGCAGGUGAUGAGGAACGCUGGUCAAACACGUCUCGGCGGUGUUGUUCAUCAAUUUCUAAUGGGACACUCAUAUUCUUAUGUAAACUAGGCGUUGAAGGCCAAGAAAAGGAGGCGAACUGACUGGUAACCAGAGAUGUGUCCCACCGGAUGAAUUAAUCAGGAAUGCUAAGAGGCCGGCAUCCCCCCGCGGGGUGAUGGGGCCGGCUGGCGAUAGGGAUAGGGGCUCACCUUCCACUCAGUCAUUUAUCUUGUGCAUACGAGUGGCGACAAAUUGGCUCGCGGCGUGGUGCGCCUGUUGUUUUGUGUGGCGACGGAUGGCAAAGAAGAAAAAGAGGAAUCUAAUCAAUUGUGUCGCCAUUCUCAAAGUAGCCGCCGCCGCCAAACUAUUCAUUCGGUCGAAUCCGUAAUUCUCCGCAUUUCAUCAUUCUCCCACAAAUUACAAAUGCACUUUUGGCCUUGGAAGGUAGACCAAAACCAAGAAAUUCCAUUUCGUUUUCAACUUUGGACGAAGAUUAGCUUUUAGGAAUUUGUGUUAGUCAGCUAGUGACCCCAAAUGGAAUUACUAGCGCAUAAUUAGGUUUUGAGGGGAGCGGAAGGAAAUGCCGCAUUUCGAAAGGAUCUGCUCUAAUAAUAUUAUGUACUUAGACUUAAAACAUCUUCCGACACUUAUCUUAGAAUUAAUUAUUUUGAAGACACGGAACCACAUCCACGUUUUCUUAAUGAACCGAACUGUUCAUUACAAAAAAGAGCGGCCCGUCCAGAUUGUCCACCGUGUUCUCAGCUGGCGGAUUAGCCGGCAUGCUCUUUUGACAGUGCGGAGAACAUCUUGUACGAUCCAAUCACGCAACGGAAGUACAUCCGUACGCACAUAUUAUGAAGAAAAUGAUGUUUGUUAGGGCUGCCAGUUUUUCAAUUGAUCAUUAAAUUUGAGCGUUCAGUGUGUGGGUAUGUCAGUUGAGGAAGAAAAGGUGUUCACGUUCCGAGUGAUGAAUGUGUGAUGAGGAUGUGCACGACGGGUGGCCUUCUGCUGGAGGAACGUUGUACAGUGCGCGAAGAAUUCAUAGAGAGCGUGGCAUGUGGGUGUCACUCCAAUCAUCGACUGACUGAUAGAAAAUAGACUGACUGACUGAUGAUGGAUAUGCUUCUCAUCCUCGCUUUUUGUGAAGUGAAAUGUCCAAAUUGUGGUGUGGCAGAUGGCUGUCAAAGCAAUGAAGUUUUUCUGAGUGACGUUCUCAUAGACUCUUGAAAGUCACUCCAAGUAACAUAUCCAACUUGUGACGCGUUUCUUUGAUGUGACGGCGGGCCGCGCAUCCCUUUGUGCGGCUGCUCGAUUGUUGUAAAUUCGAGACGAUGGCGUAACAGGUCGGAAGUCGAUAACUGACUGGCUCGUCACCGCCUGCCACUGCCAAUUACGCGAUAAUUAGAGUGAAGGGGAAAUGCGAUACUAUCUGAUUCUUGAGGGACACACGUGGCGGAGCAGCAGAUUGGAGCUGACACAAACGGGAUUAUAAUUAGAUAGUGAACGUUCCGUUCUGCCCUGCUCUUGACGAGCAUCUCAUCCUCAUCAUCAUCACCAUUCUGCUGUUGUUGACGCUUCCAUUUUCUCUCACUUGCAUUUUCAUAAUUAUGACCCGAGAACGGAUAAGAAAGGGGUGCGUCCUCAAUGUCGGAAGAAAUUGAGACUCUAUUAAGGAAGAUAAAUGAACUGGCGCAACACAUCUAUAAAUCUAGGAUAGGCCACCGGGUGGUCUCCCGGGACAUGAUAUGAUCUUGAUCCGUAAUUGAGGAACUUGACACCUAGUAGACGAUUUCGUUCCAAUGACAGGUGGCAGAUAAAGAAAGUAAAGGGUUUACAAUUGCGCGUAAAUUGCUCGUCCUCGUUUUGAUCUUUCCGGUCAACGGGCACUUCGUUUUAUUAGUUGUUGAGCAGCUCGUAAACAGACUUCUCACUCACAGAGCCAAUCCAUAAAAACAUGAUUGGGAGUGGCAGUGAAAUGGCGGAAUGGGCUCUUUUGAUUGUGCCUCCACCUCGAUUCUCUUUUUCUUUGAUACGCAAUCACUGCGGGUCACACCGUACCUUGAAACCGACACUCAAUGGACUAAGCGGGAGAAGUUGCGUAACUCUGCAUUCGAGAUAGCGGAAAAGAAGAAAGAAAGGCGAAAAGGGCAGAAACGGUUUAGAUUAGAUGCAAAUAAUGAUGAGGGGACUCACUUAUGGUGUUAUUUAUAGGGAUCAAAUGCCGGAAACUCGGAUCGGAGAAGUCACAAUCGAGAAGAGCCCAGCAUACUUCCACAGUAAAAUGGCACCGGAGAGGAUAAAAUCUCUCAAUCCCAACACCAAAAUUAUCAUUGUCGUGAGAGACCCAGUAACAAGGGCAAUAUCCGGUAAACUACUAAACUUACGACUAAACUAAUUCAUUUGGUUUUCCAGACUACACUCAAUCCUCGAGCAAACGGAAGCGAGUUGGCUUGAUGCCAAGUUUUGAAACGAUGGCAAUUGGAGACUGUGCUAACUGGCUCCGUGCCAACUGCUCCACAAAAACAAGAGGAGUGAACGCAGGAUGGGGAGCCAUCAGAAUAGGUGUCUACCAUAAGCACAUGAAACGAUGGCUGGAGAACUUCCCAAUCGACAAUAUUCAUAUUGUCGACGGGGAGAAACUAAUCACGAACCCAGCAGAGGAAAUCAGUGCGACGGAACAGUUUUUGGGAUUGGAACCAGGUAUUAAAUUAUUGGAAUGCUCUAAUUUAUUUUGUUUUUCAGUUGCAAAACCAGAGAAUUUCGGCGUGGAUCCAAUCAAAAAGUUUCCGUGUUUGAAGGCAGCCGAUGGAAAACUGCAUUGUCUCGGGAAAACGAAAGGAAGACACCAUCCAGACGUGAAUCCUUCAGUGCUGGCUACAUUAAAGGAGUUUUACCACCCGGAGAAUAAGAAAUUCUACCAGAUGAUCAAUCAGUGGUUCGACUGGUAG